UUGGCACACCUCCAGUGUAUAAUCCGAAGUGUCAGCACUGUCGCUUAUAUCAACCGCACGGUGACGUUCGCAUGCCGGAAUGAGUCAAGAGACAAUACGAGGAAAUCCCCAAGGCCGAGAAAACGACGCGAGGCCCCUUUAAAUCGACGCUUCCUCGGUGCCGUGCCAAGAGAGAGAGAGAGCUCUGAUAAACAACAACACGGUUCACAGAAGCCGUUUUACCGGAUUCAGCUCUGUACCGCGGCCUCGAAGAAGAAGAAAGAGGCGACGAGGACUUUCUUUCGGUCACUACGUGCGUUUUGUCGCCCGCUGUCCAUACAUUCGUUGUUGAAUGCCAUUGCGGAAGUGAGAAGCCACUCGACGCGACUGAAAGCUUGGGCUCUGCGGACACCUAGCGGCCGAUCGGCGAUACAGCAACUCCCUCGCGAUGUACGGAGCUUCAGGGAUCCCCGAGCUCAUCCCGCCCAGCGGGCCGCCGAGGCAGCCCGGCCCGGCGGGCCAGUACAACCCUGGACACCCCCAGGUCAACGGUCACGGCGGAGGGCCCAACCCUCAGAGACUCGGGCAGAGAGCCCCCAAGCUGGGCCAGAUCGGCCGGUCCAAGAAAGUGGACCUGGAUGAUGAAGACUUGGAUGACAUCAUGAACAACAAUGGGCAGUGCCCAGUAUCCCUAUCGCCCAUCUCCUAAACUUCACCGAGAAGUGCCAAACAAAAAAAAAAAAAAAGAAAUGCCCUGGGAUGCCAACCCUCUUUCUCCAUCAGUGAUCUUGGCCUUGGCCCUGUCAAGUGUCCUACUGAAGCUUCUGAUGGCUCAUCAAUGCUCAGAAAGGGCUCAUUUAGCGCCCCCUGAAGCCUAAGCCCUGACUGUAUAUAGUGUUUAUUUAACUUACCUUUGGUCAGACUGUGAAUGAGUUGUACUGCAUCGUUCUCUGCUCUAUACCUCGGUAUGUAGUAGGCUAUCAGGACUUGAGAAAGAUUUGGAAAAGAGUGUCUAUAUUUUUCAGAGCUUCUUAACAAGGGCUACAUUUCUAAAGUUGCACUGAUGCAAAUGGUAAGAUGGCAAGCAGUCCCCUCCCCUGCCUGUUUACUGGCGUAGGCCACCGAUUGUCCGCGGGUUGUUUGUGUGGGGGGACACAAGCCUGUUAAUGUUCAUCACACGGGUGAAACGUUAAGCUUUGGUUGUGCAAUGACUAUCAUUCUGUGCUCUUACACUGAUCCAAGCCGUGUACUAUUAUCCAGUGGAUGAAAGCUCGCUAUGUACACGGAAAGAAAAACAAAACAACUACUGCUAAUUAUUUAUUGCUUUUAAGAAUGAGACACUUUGUCGUGUUGUUACGGCUUCUACAUGUUUUUUACUUGUUCCUGAAUGGAUAUUGCUUCAGAUUGAAAUUUAUUAUGUUUCCAAAUGGUGCACUUUGUGGGGAAUGCCUGUUAUGUGCAGUGACCUGUUGCAGAAUUCUAUGCAUGAAGUCUGUUCAAGCAUCAAAACACGUAACUGGUAUCCUGUUAUUUAAGGGCUAACGUAGUCGUUUUUUCAAACCACAACUCAGUUUCGCUCUUUUAGAUUAUGCACAGUCAACGUUUCCCUGAGCUCGUUGUCGUGCUCGGGCUGCACACUCAGCAGUGAUAUGACAAAAGCAACAACAGAUUCAUGGAGGUGUUUGUUUGUUUUCAAAGACAGGGUUUCCCAGAUGGCCACAUGACUGUGAGAAAAAAAAAUAAUGUGUACAGUUAAUAUUAUUUUAAAUGUAUUGCCAAAAAUACUGUCAGACAGAUACCUAAAACUGGUGAUAAUGAUAAUACUGAAGUAUAUCUAUAUUUAUUUAUGAAGCACUAAUUUGCUGGAGGUUGGGUGAGAUGAAGGAGGUUUAUUUAAAGAUCUUUGCAAACUUUAUAAUGACAGUAUGAGAUCACGAAAACAAGCAGCCUCUGAUUAGUGGUCACUGCUGAGGUGUGGACUUUUUGAAAAAAAAAAUUAGUGGACCUCGGGUAGAGACGUUCUUUUCUAUAGACGCUCAUGCUGAUGUCAUGUUACUCUGUUGGCUGUGAAAUUGUUCUACUUAUUGAAAGCACUUCAUUUUCGUCACAGCUCAUUCUUUGACUCAGACUUUGGGCUGUGGUUACCUUUUGCAUGGAAAUGGUCAGUUUUUCAAAAUGCAUCUGGAGAAAUAAAAUAUGACUCUUUGUGGAAUAUCUGUGUUUCAGUUUGUGUAUUUAAUGGGUUAGUGCGUAGGAUUUUAUGGCAACUAGCAGAUAGCAACCAAUUCACUGCUCCACACCCCCUCUAGGGCCAGCGUAGGUUUGUUCAUUCUGGGGUUCUGUGGAAACAUGGUCCUGCAACAUGGUAGAUGAUGUGAGAGGGGACCAACUUCUCCUGCUGUCAAAACAGCUCUGUCCCAUCGAGGCAUGGUCAACUCAAGACGUUUGAGGGUGUUCUGUGGUAUCAAUCAGGGACCAAGACCUUAGUAGCAGUUUCUUCUAGUCCUCUAAGUUGUCUGGUGGGGCUUCCAUAGAUUGGUCUUCCUUUUUCAGCACUUUCUAUAGACCUUUGAUUGGAUUGAGAUUUGGGGAAUUGGGAGGCCAAGGAGAAACUUAAAUAAGGAUAAAGAAUAAAUCUGUCCCUCACGAUCUGUUCCUCUAUGGUGACUGUGAGCUGUCACUUCCUAAUCUCUUCUCAUUUUCCCGUGCUGUCAAAAGUUGGCCCAUCACUAAUUCCACCCAAUCGUUCACUCAUCCCUGGGCUUUGAAGUCUUUGUCUUUAGGCUGUCCAUUGCGCAACCUCCUCCUCUCCAUCUCAAACUCUCCACAAUCAUCCUAGAAGUCUUCAUCAGAGGUUAGGGUUAACCCCUAACCCUAACCCUUCCUUCUCCAUCAACACCAGUGUCCAGACUUCUGCGGUUCUCGUCCCUACCUUCCCGUCCUAUGAUACUAUCACUCCUAUUAUCCUUGGGUCAAUUUGACCCCAAUCAGUAGAGGGAAGGUCAACUCACUGGUAGCAAGGGGUUAUUUAUGUAGUCAACAAAUAAACAAAGUGCCUGACACAAAAACUUGGCCAACAAGUUAAUGUAAAUAAUUUUCUUGAGGGUAAAAUUUGGGAAAUUUGGGUAAUAUUUGAGGACAACAGAAGGGCUAGCUUAGAUUCUAACUGGUUUCUAACUACUACCUCGCAUAUUCAUUGAUCACUCGAUCUCUCCUUAUUGGAUGUCAGAGUCCAAGAUUACCCAGAGGACCACACUGAAUCUGUUAGCUUGCCUUUUUCCCAGAGAGCUUCCAGCGAUCUCCUCACUUGGAUGUCGACUUAAAGAAGACAUGCUUCAUCAGACUAGGACACCUUCUUCUUCAUGUCCAGUUCUGACGCUCAUCACAGGGGUUCACAUGGGCAGUGUGGCUAUGCAGACCAUACAUUCCUUCUGAAAGCAUUCAAUCAUAGUCAGCAUUAAGGUUUUUAACUAUUUGUGCUAUGGCUGCUCUUCAGUGCUCCUCAUGCACAUCAACAACCCUUGUAUGUUCAUGAUCAAUUGACCUUUUUUGGACUACUUAUAGCAGGCACGAGUCAUUGCAACUGGGAACCAUAAUACCUGCCAUUCUGGAGACGCUCUGACCCGGUUAUCUAGCCAAUCUAUCACAUAGUGAACAGGGUCUGUGGAAACAGGAAACACUGCACGGUGUCAGAUUUCACUUGAAGGUGCAUUAGUUGCUCUGUCCUGACUGUUUUGUUGAUUUGUUUGACUUUAGACUGAACCAUACAAUACAUGAAUCUGUUUUCUGGUUUUGCCUUUGGGGACACAUUAUUUCCUACAAUGAGGAAAGCCGCAGUAUCGCCAUCUACAAUUACCGUCGCGCCAUUAACAAUGUUGCAGUAUCUUUAUUAUUCAUGUACUGUUGGACACGUUAAAAAUAUUUUUUUCAUACAUUUUCCAUGACACCAUUUAUCUGCUAGAAGAGCCAAGUGUAGAAAACUAUGACAUUUAAAAAACAAACAAA